AUGCAAUCAUCGUCGGAGUAUAACGAAGAAGAGUGUCCCUGGUAUUACUAUGACAGUUCAUACAAAACUCUUCUCGGGGCAUGUCUGAUUAGUUUAGAUGCAUGCCAGCUUUACGCUUUCCUCAAUCACUUCUUCGGCGUUUUUCAGAUGACUGCUUUAUUUACUCUUGUACUAGAGCGAUAUUUACUAGCAAGAUACACAAGGAGAGAAAGAACAUUGGUCUAUCGAUAUUAUUGGUCGUUAGGAGCAGUGGCUUGGGUGAACGCUUUAGUAUUCGCUAUACCCCCAUUAUUAGGAUACGGAAUAUACUCUUGUGAUGCAACCGAUACCAUAUGUACGUAUUUGUGGCCUUCGAGUAGAGCAAGUGCAAAGCAUCUGGGUUAUGCUGUGCCGUACACUGUUCUUUGUGGUAUUAUGCCAAUCAUCGGUAUAUUCUACUAUAUGGGCAAAGCGAAUAGACUGGAAAGUAUUUAUUACAGAAAUGAGAGAUUGCGAGAAGAAAAACAUUUGACAAAGUGCGUCCACGCUUUAUCUGUAUUAACUUUAGCACUAUGGACCCCAGCGGCAGUAUUAGCUGGCUGUCAAUGGUUUCCACUUUUGCUUUAUGGGUAUCGACCACACGUUCCACAAGUUUUAGCACUCAUUGCUCCCAUCACAUCUGAGGCAGCAACUUGUGUUCCUGUCCUAAGCUAUUUAUCAGGUGACAAUAGAAUAAGAGCUGCUCUACUUGGAAGAAUGAAGAGGAAUUACGCACUGCUACCCCAACAAUAUGCGAUACGAUAUCGACGAGAUUAA